AUGUGAAGACCUCUACUGAAAGAUAAUUUGUAUUGUAUAUACUAAAAUAGAUUAAAUUUGAAGCCUUUGCGUUAUAUGACUAAGCAUAAAAUCUCAUUUAAUAUUUGGUUAUUAGUUUUUCCUUAUUUGCCUAUGAGGGUAUAACUAAUAUAUUUUUAUUGGUUCAAUCAAAAUCAGAAUUAAACUGCAAGUACCGGAUAUUAAUUUUUGAAGGAAAAUUAAAAAUUACUAAAAAUUUGCUAAAGCUCUAUUUUUUGAACUUAUUCUAUGUGUGGCAAAGCACGGAAACAGAAAAUUUUAUACACCAUUCUUAA